GUUGGUACCCUUUCUCAUUUUGUUAGAGAGAGAGAGAGGUAGAAGUGCUAAAGGUUCUUGGUUAGAGAUCAAAAAGAGAUUGUCAUUCGUAAGAGUGGUGAUUAGAAGCGAAGCAGAUUUGUUCCAUUGUGAACGUUACAAUUACAGUAUCGAGAAACAGCGUCCUAAAAUUUAGUAUAAGUUGUGCAAUGGCAGGCAGUCCGGUUGUUAUAAGUGCAACAGCAAAGCAUACAGCAACGCUUAUUUUCUUGCAUGGGCUUGGUGAUACAGGCCAUGGUUGGGCAAGUGCUAUGGGUGCAAUCAGAUCACCCCACAUGAAAGUGAUCUGUCCUACAGCACCCACGAUGCCAGUCACACUUAAUGCAGGAUUCAGAAUGCCAUCUUGGUUUGAUCUGCGUACAUUGGAUGCGAACGGGCCAGAAGAUGAGGAAGGAAUCCGCCGAGCAACAGAACUCGUCCAUUCACUGCUCGAACAAGAGAUAAACAAUGGAAUUCCCUCAAAUCGCAUUGUCCUUGGAGGGUUCUCACAAGGAGGGGCUCUAGCACUGUAUUCAGCUCUUCUGUUUCCAAAGCCUCUGGCAGGUGUGAUAGCUUUAUCCUGUUGGUUACCCUUGCACAAGAAUUUUCCAGCAGCUGCGGUCGCAAACACAGACAUUCCUUACAUUCAGUGUCACGGGGACUGUGAUCCUAUAGUACCGUACAAAUGGGGACAGAUGACUGCGUUCCUAAUGAAACAGUUCUUAAAACAUACUGAAUUUAAAACAUAUAGAGGAAUGAUGCAUUCAUCAUCUGAUGAGGAAAUGCGAGACCUGAAGACGUUCCUCGACAAAGUCACUCCACCAGAGUAAAUGGUCACCAUCUCUGGUACAUCAAAUUGUUAAUACAUGGUAGACUGACAGAUGCCACUGGUGAGGUGGCAGGUGGCAGAAUGUCUGAUAGCACCUUCUUGUUUAACAGCUCAUUUAUAAGACUCAAAAAUUCCUGUCCAUUAUUUAUUGAGGUUUCCGUCACCCUACCCACACAUUCCUGUGUUACAGAGUACCACUCUUUAAAUGUUAGGAGCCAGGAUAGCAUAGUCGUUACAGUGACUGGCUGCGGGCUGAACGACCGAGGGGUCAGUGUUUGAGUCCCG